GGUGCAGCCAGCCAGCGGACCAGCCUCGGAUCCCUCUGAGCGGGCAGCGGCACCAUGGCGUGUGCGGGGCUGCUCGCCGUGUGCCUGCUCCGGCCGCCCACGCCCGAGCCCCCACGGCCCCCCACCCUCGGGCCCGCACCCAUCUCUGGGCCUGCCGGACACGCGCUCUUCCAGGACGUUUUCCGCAGGGCAGACAAGAAUGAUGAUGGUAAGCUGUCAUUUGAGGAGUUCCAGAAUUAUUUUGCGGAUGGGGUUCUGAGCCCCGAGGAGCUGCGGGAACUGUUCAGCGGCAUCGAGGGGCAUCCCGCCGACAACUUAGAAACAGAGAAGCUGUGUGAGUACUUCUCCAAGUACCUGGGAGUCUACCGACCCGUGCUAGCUGCGUUAGAGGCUCUGAACCGUGCGGUGCUCACUGCCAUGGACGCCACCAAGCUGGAAUAUGAGCAGGCCUCCAAAGUGGACCAGUUUGUCACUCGCUUCCUGCUUCGGGAGACGGUGAGCCAGCUACAGGCCCUGCAGAGCUCGCUGGAGGGGGCAUCGGACACCCUGGAGGCCCAGGCCCGGGGCCUGCGGUUGGACGAAGAGAAUGUGGGAGUUCAGAGUAGGCCCUGCGGCGGCCGGCGGACAGGACGGAGGGCCCUGAGGAGCAUCAGUCGGUCCCCUACCUGGUCUCCUGGCUGCUCUGACAUAGGUGUGCCUGUAGCAGGGUGGGGGCCUGGCUUCACAGAGUCCAGGGCAGCACAGAGCACCGAGGCUGAGAGGCAGUGGCGGCUGCAGGUCAACCGCCUCCAGGAGCUCAUAGACCAGCUGGAGUGCAAGGCUCCCCGGCUGGAACCCUUGCACGAAGAGGACCUUGCCAGAGGCCCUGACUCACACAUCCUUGUGGCCCAGAGGCAGGUGCAGGUGGCCGAGGAGGCGCUACAGGACUUCCGCCGGGCCCUGAGCUGCUACGUGGACGUCACGGGGGCCCAGAGCCAGUGUCUGCAUGUGUCUGCCCAGAAGACGGUAGACUACAGCUGCUUCAUCCUGUACGAGUUCUGGCAGGACGAGGCCUCCUGGAGAAGAGCCUUCUGUACCGGUCAACUCAGCAUUGAGACCAAGGACCUUGCCUCCCCCCACACCCGGGGCCAGCCCAGAGCCCGCGGAGGGCCUCUCAGCCCAGGGGUCAAGGGCUGGGCUGCUGGCUUUCUGUUUAUUUAUCAGUGUAUUGUUUGUAGCUUCCAAGGUACCUGGACUUGCGCCUGGCUCAGGAGGCCUGGCUGGGGGCCCCUGCCCUGCCUUGCUGUGGGACCCAGGCAGCCCCCUUCCUGCUCCGGCAGCCUAGUAGAGCCCUAGUUUCUUCUUGCUGUCUCCGAGGCCAGGCUUCUCCUGUUCCCCACCCAUUGAGAGAAUCAGGGCUGAUGCUCAGGGACCCCCUCCCCCCAGCCCCUUGCACCUCGACCCUUGAGGCCGGACCGGAUUUAGCUGCAAUGCGGGGUAAGGACCUGGGUGUCCCCAUCACUCUACCUGGCUGGUUCUAGACUCUUCCAGCACCCAUGGCUGCACCAGAGGCCACUGGAGAAUCCUGGGUUGAUUUGCAUGUCAUUUGCAUACCACUUGCACGCACACACCCCACUCAUUCUCCAAGCGCUGUGGGAAGCCCUAAAUUGAUCCUGAACAGUAGCAAUAAUUUGGGCUUAGCGUUGCCUGCUGCCCCUCAGAGCCCUGGACCCCGAGCCCCAGAGCCCAGCACAGGGGCAAUA